AUGAACUUUUGUCCUUUUCUUUUCUGCUUUGUGCAUGACCUCAAUUUGAAUAAGCUGAAAUAUCUAAGCUGCGAUUGUGUUCCAGCUUUCAGUGUCGCACACUGGGAGCAACUGCAGCAGGAGAAGGAGGAACUGGAGCGUCGUUUUGAGGCUGAGCUGCAGGGAUUGCGGGCCCAGCAGCAGAGGGAGCUGGGAGCGCUGGAGGAGCGGCUGAAGGCGCAGCACAUGGACCAGACCGAGAACCUGCAGGCCCAACAGCGAGCCGAGCUGGAGGAGCUACGUUUCAAACAGCAAGAGCAGCUUGAGGAGAUGAGCGAGAACCAUGAGGAGUCCUUGAUGGAGAUGGAGACGGCUCACAACGACACACUCGCCACUCUGCAGGAGGAGCAUGCACGGACUGUGAAGAAUUUGAAGAUGGCCCAUGAACAGCAGAGGAAAUCUCUGGAAGAAGAGUUUGAAAAGAUCAGACUGUCACUGCAGGUUAGCAGCUGNCUGAUAUCCUUUAGGAUGAGAGUUCGUGGUCGACCAGCAGCAAGUCACGCCGCCGUUCGGCCAGAAAGAACGCAGGAGUUGGACCGAGCCCUGAUCCAGCAGCUGCGAGAGCGCUGCGAGCAGCAGGCCCUGCAGCUGCAGAGCCUUCAGGCGGAGCUGAAGAAGGCCUCCCUGUGCCUGGAUGUUUUCAGCAUCACGACCCAGCACUUCUGUCACAAGAGUGAGAGUGCCAUUGUGAAGGAGAGGGAGCUGUCCCUGGAGCUCGCCAGGAUCAGGGAUGAAGUGGCUUUCAGUGUCGCACACUGGGAGCAACUGCAGCAGGAGAAGGAGGAACUGGAGCGUCGCUUUGAGGCUGAGCUGCAGGGAUUGCGGGCCCAGCAGCAGAGGGAGCUGGGAGCGCUGGAGGAGCGGCUGAAGGCGCAGCACAUGGACGAGACCGAGAACCUGCAGGCCCAACAGCGAGCCGAGCUGGAGGAGCUACGUUUCAAACAGCAAGAGCAGCUUGAGGAGAUGAGCGAGAACCAUGAGGAGUCCUUGAUGGAGAUGGAGACGGCUCACAACGACACACUCGCCACUCUGCAGGAGGAGCAUGCACGGACUGUGAAGAAUUUGAAGAUGGCCCAUGAACAGCAGAGGAAAUCUCUGGAAGAAGAGUUUGAAAAGAUCAGACUGUCACUGCAGGAUCAGGUGGACACGCUGACGUUUCAGAAUCGAAGCCUCAGAGACCGAGCGAAGCGAUUCGAAGAAGCUCUUCGCAAGAGCACAGAUGAGCAGAUAGUGGAUGCUUUGGCCCCAUAUAAACACAUUGAGGAGGACCUGAAGAGCCUGAAAGAAGUUCUGGAGAUGAAAAAUCAACAAAUCCAUCAGCAGGAGCUGAAGAUUUCAGAGCUGGAGAAAAUAGCUGAAAAGAAUGUGUACCUGGAGGAGCGAGUACAGGUGUUACAGCAGCAGAACGAAGACCUGAAGGAACGAAUAGACAAGAAUCUCGCUGUGUCCAGGCAACUCUCGGAGGAAAACGCCAACUUGCAAGUGAACGUGGAGAAGGAGAGCAACGAGAAGAAGCGUCUGAGUCGCACCAACGAGGAGCUGCUGUGGCGUCUGCAGACGGGCGAGCUAAGCCCUCGUAUGUCCCCGACUUCCUCCCCCAUCCAUCGGCCCUCCUCGGGACCAGGCUCCCCCGCCCGGCCACACUCCUACCAUCAAUGACACUCUCAUGGAAGCUCUUCUAUCUAACGCUUUCUUUUAAUUUAGUGUCAGACGCCCUGAUAUUUUUCUUUUUUUUUACAAACUCUGAUGAAUGUUCCUCUCAGUUUAAAGGGAAGGACACAAACGUGAUGCAUUUCCAAAGUUGAACCCCAGGAAUUUUAACCUUUGACCCAACGAAUUGUAUUAAUGAUCACACCUCUUAUUAUUCAAGAGGGAAUUCUCCACUUUUUUUUUUUUUUUUCUAUUCCACGCCGACGCCCCCCCACAGAGACCUGGUCAUUGUAGAUUUCAGAGAGCAGAAUCAAAAGUCACGGUGCCUCAGUUCUAUGUUUUCGCCUCCAUCCGCAUCUCCAUCUUCUCAUCCAGCGCUCAGGAUGAUGGAUGAACAAGACAUAGCGAACAUCAAAAGUGCAAACGACAAACACAAGAAGCGCCUUUUGCCGUCCAUUCUCUCCCACCAGCAACGUUUACCAGGGCACAGGCAAUACUUUGGGUAAAAAAAACAAAUCUAUCACAAAACUACCUACAGUGAGUUCCUCUCAAAGAGUGAAUCCUUCUCUGUGGCAUGUUAACCUUUUCAUGCCAAAAACAAUUCAUAUGUUGGGAGUGUAUGAAUGACUGCCAUUUAAACCUCAAUCAUCCAUCCUACUGUCUUCUGAAACAGCUAGCUAUCAUGACAAAACAUGAAUCCACUGAACUGCCAACACAGUGUAAUAUUUAUUACUGAAGAACUAUAAAUUGUACAGGUAUUGCUCUCUUUAAAGCAUGGUCUGUCUUCCAGUUAUAACGAACUUUACUUUAGGAUUGUGGCGAUGUGGAGCGGAAGGGCAAAGGGGCAACAAACUGAACAGGAUCUAUUAAAAAGUAACUCAAGAAAUAAUCACUGUAUUAUAGAUUUCAGACUGAGUGAGUUGGUGUCCCUCGCCUUCAGUCGGGUUCAGAAAAUAUAAAAAUGCAGGAUCUGUAAAAACCACCAAAGAGGAAAUCAUUCAACACAGCAGUUCAUCGUGUACUGUAGCCGUCAUAUGUUUGGAGCUGCGGAAUCAGCCGUGAACGGUGCAGACGUUGCGAAAUGUAAAUCUGUCCUCCUGCAUUGUUAAUCUACUUCUUUUCUCUUUCCCUUCUCAUUAAGAGCAUCAGUGCUCCAGCAGCUGCCCACAGUUGUUGCUGUUCUCUGUGUAUUCUCCACAGAAAACCCGAACUUGUAUUCUCCAUUUGAACCCUUCAAUUGACUUCUGGCUAAAUUCCCGUCAUCCACAAUUUGCUAAAUCAUCUUUUCAAAAACAAAAAUCAGCUUGCAGUGUUACCUCAUUUUCUCAUUGUCGAGAAUAAUCUCAGGUCUUGAGGAGAAUUAAGCAACUGCCGUAACUCUUUUUUUGUUUUUGUUUUCCAUUAAAUGUACUUCUCUGCUAUGUUUACAUAACCGCUCGUCUCGAAGGCCUGCUCUGCGAUACCUUCUUUGUAUAGCAUUAUUUGGAUGUAAAGAGUGUAGUGUAGUCAGGAAAUGUAUUAACAUGAGUAGAAAUAGUGUUUUAUUACAUUAAUCUUUUAUUGUAAUAAAGCCAUAUUUCUUUUACUGAACCCCUCAGAUAUGAAAUGUUCAAAUUUGCUGUUUGGCCAACAAGUUUCUUACGUUUAACUUGUUCGCUGGUGGGUUUGUUCUAUAAAAGGAAGCCGAAAGGACGUUUCUCUCCAUCAGGUACUCCGAUUGCACUGAUUGCCUCUGUGUCCUGUGGACAUGACCUUGUACUCAUUUACUGAAUGUUUGUGCGACACUAGAAUAAGAGUUUUUGUUUACAGUUUACAUCUCAAUGUCAAGAGGAGGAAGGUCGGUGCAUCGCGUGGAUGUCGUGACUUCUGUUGAUUGUUUACAGGACUUGCGUUGUAAAAGAUUGUGUUCAGUAUUUCAGAGAUUCAUGCACUGGAUAAGUUUAUAUGAAAGCAUGUCUUCAUACGGUUGUUGUGUACGAUUUGUUUGACAUUUCAUUGUUUAUUUAUUUGUCCUCCAAUCCUCCAGAACUGCAACUGUAGCUUAGCUGGUUAAAAUAUUGUGGUCAAUGAUAAGAAUUUAUGUCUAUACUGUAUAUGUUGCACUUUGUAUUUAAGUAUUAAAUCACACUAAGUAUACACAA